GAUGUAGCUAUGGAGAUGGCGAGUGGCUGGUUGCUUUGACAGGUGUGUGUUUCAGCUUUAAGAGGCAGACAGCGGCUAUGUACAACAAGGGGAAAGGAUGUACGGUUCCCUCGGACGGUCAGGCAAGGGAAAAGUUAGCGCUGUAUGUUUACGAAUAUUUGCUGCAUGUAGGAGCACAGAAGUCUGCACAGACUUUCUUGUCCGAGAUCCGUUGGGAGAAAAAUAUCACUUUGGGAGAACCCCCAGGCUUCUUGCAUUCCUGGUGGUGUGUAUUUUGGGAUCUGUACUGUGCAGCUCCUGACAGACGGGAAACCUGCGAGCACUCGAGUGAAGCCAAGGCCUUUCACGAUUAUCAAUUCAUGAAGAACCAGAACGACAAGGGUUGGGCAAUAACUGCCAGUGAAGUCCGAACCCCAGGAAUGAAUGAACCUUGUGAUGAGAAGCCCAGCCUUCCCCUGCAAAGGAUAUUCAGGAGUAUCGAUGGCUCUCAGCCAGGGUUAAUGAUCAAGUAUCUCUGA